UUAGCGUACGUAGAUGACCUCAGAAACGUAAUGUCAUCCAGAGCUCUGCGACGUUUACAAAGAAAUAGAGAAGUGGAAGAUGCGGACGAUGACGACGUUGGCAUCGUUUCUACUAAAUCCAAAAUCGGCGCAUUUGCUCUGCUAGAUGAAGACGUGGACCAAAAUUGCGAGCAAGAGGAAGAGAGUGACGAAAGCAGAGAACCAGUCGUGACAAAACCGUCUCAAUCUAGAUCUCAGAGAGCCAAAAAGAAGAAAAAGAAGAAAUCAGAAAGAAAAGGAGAGCAAACAAAAGAGAAUGUUGUUACUGGUGAUGUUGAUGCGGACAUUAAAGCUGUGUCUGAGAUGUUGGGAGAAGCAGUUUCUCUUUCAAUUGAAAGGCCAGAAACGAGUGCACCUGACAUGAAAAGUCUUCUAACUGUAGAACACAGAUUUCUAAAUGCAGACAAUGAAAUGAGACGAAUUUUUGGCUCUCAUGUAGUACGGUCGGACCAGAGGAGACGAGGUCAUCGCCGAGUGUACCAUAGGGCAACGUGGUUGGCUACUCCUCAAGAUUCUUGGCCACAAAUGACCAAAAUGGGCUUGUCAAUGGAUCUGAUUGAGAAGAAAAACGGGUGUCAACACUUUUCGUUUGUUCAUUCUCCUCAGUACCAGACCAUACAGUUUAGCUUUCUAGAUGCAGUGGAAUCUUUCAACCCUGACAACAUAUCUGCUGUUCUUCGUCUGUAUCCUUAUCAUAUUGACUCAUUGCUACAACUUAGUGAAGUUUGCAAGAUGAGUGAAGACAGGCAAAUGGCAAAUGAAUUGCUAGAACGGGCACUGUACGCAUUUGAAUGUUCGUUCCACACCUUGUUCAAUAUGACUCAAGGAAAUUGCAGACUCGACUUUAGAAAAUCGGAGAACAGGUCAUUUUUCUAUGCACUUUUUCGACAUCUUGUUAUGGUGGGACAAAGAGGAUGCUGCAGGACGGCAUUAGAAUUUUGCAAGGUUCUUUUGAGUCUUGAUCCAGACAAUGACCCUCUGUGCGUGCUGCUCAUGAUGGAUUUUUAUGCUUUACGAGCAGAAGAGUUUCGCUUUCUAAUUCGAAUGUUCAAUGAGUGGGAGAGUCAUAGAAAUCUAUCUCAAUUGCCAAAUUGGGCUUUUUCUGUCCCUCUAGCAAUGUUUAGUGCUGCUGUUCCGUCUGAGAGUGAGGAUACAAGUGAAGCAGACAAAAUGCUUCAGAAUUCUCUCCUCAUGUUUCCCUCAGUUUUUACACGGCUUUUAGACAAAUGCAGUGUAGAGUUCAACUCUGGUGUGAUGAAGCAUUCUUAUUUUGGUUCUUCAGCUCAAUCCAGUGAGCCUGCAGCUCUGAAUCAGUUAAUAUCAUUAUUCAUUGAGAGAAGUCAUUCUCUAUGGAAAAUUCCUGAGGUUUUGCUGUGGUUGGAGAGAAAUGCACGAAUUGUUUGCCAACGAGUUGAUAAUCAAGAUCCUCUUAUUCAACGAUAUAAGACUUGUCGAGUAAGUCGAUAUCAAGGAACUCCUAGAAACAUUUACAGACACAUCAUUUUAUCAGAUUAUCGAAAUGUGUUGUCAUCACUGCCCAGGGAAAUUGCUGAGAAACCUGUCAUGAUGCAUGAUCCACUGCCUCCACUGGAUUCUGUUUCAUCGUAUACACGACCACCAAGGCAAACUGCUUUGGGGGAGACAAAUCAGAAUCCACUUUCAUUGUUUUUUUCUUCACUCAUGCCAUCAUUUAAUCCUCAAGCUCCUGCGGCACAAGGAGGAGACACAGGUCCUGUUGCUGCUCUUUCACAGUCACUAAGAGAACUUCUAGCUGCUCUUCGAGGCCCACAAGGUGAGAGUGAUGAUUUGGGACCGCCUGUUGAUGAAGUAGACUAAAAGUGCAAUGAACAGUAAUUUAUUGAUAUACAUUCAGUCCAAAAUGAAUAAAUUACAUUUCUUCAAAUAACUCUCAGAAUGAAUUGUUGUAAACUAGAUACAAAAUUUAUAAUAAAUGGACUGAAGUAUUCAGUCACUCUAA